AUGAUAGUUAACUCAGAAACAUCACAUGAUAAAAUUUAUGGAACCCACCUUAUUAUAAUUAAAAAAGACCAAACUAGACUUGCAAUAGAUAUAUGUGUAAACAAUCGUCGUCCAAAUUUUGAAUUAGGAACACCGGAGGUUUACAUUAAUUUGGCAAUUCUAUGUAUGAAUGCAAAUGCAAAUGAACGUCCUUCAGCCAAAGAACUUCUAAAAAGUUUAGAAACUUGGACAAAAUAUGAAGAAUUCAAGGAAAUUUUUAAAGCUGCUGAUAAAGAUUUCGAUAUUAUAAUGACAGAUUCAGAAUUCUUGUCAAAUACUUACACAGAUGUCAGAUAUACAAGCCAAUUAAUAAAUAUUAUUGGCAUGUAUUAUUAA